AAUCAAUGUGUGCGACUGUGAUGUUAGGGGCUGAUUCUUGCUAAUUUUGUGUUGCUAAUUUGGGUUGCUUAAACCGAAAAUAAUAAUAAGCAAGAACGUAGGAUUUUUUGUGUUGUUUUCAAGGGGUAUAUAAUAUAAGUUAUAAAAUAUAAAUUUUAUUAACUUUAUUAUAUUUAUUUCGCUGGAAAUAAUGGUGUAGAUGUAAUUGAUACAAGUUUGUACAGAACUUUCAUAUUUAAUAUAAAAUUUCAAAGAGAACUUCUAUAAAUAUUUGCAGAAAUAAAAGUUGAAGUGAUAUACCAUUUUUAUCUGUCAAUUUUGAUGUAUAAAAUAUUAUUAUUAUUCACAACAACGCUUUUCACAAUACAUGGUCUCGUUAAAAAAGUUCAGGAACUGAAGACUGAGGCAGAUAUAUCUCUUUACUUUUUUUAAUCCUUGGGACCUCCUCUUUCCGUCGGAGCCAUCAAAUCGCGGCGCCAAAAGAAUCGUACUUUUUCCUUUUUGUAUAUUGUUAAAGAACGCAAAACACGGGAUACCGAUUUAAGAUAGUUACUGGUUACUAAUGACAUUGAAUAAAAAAAACUAACUGAAUACCAUAUAUAAUAAAAACUAUACAUCAAGCUUAUUAAUUUGAUUAACGAGUUAUACGUCAAAAUUUUUUUUAGUGUUAUUUGAUAAAAUAUUUUAAAUUUUAAAUUAAAAACAUAAAAAAAUUCCUAAUGCGAAUGGUUCAUAUAACCUUAUUAAUUUUUGAGCUACAACUAUCGAUAUUUUCCAUUGUGAAUCUAUUACAAAAUUUAUCUGUGAUUGUCAAAAAAUAUUGUCGUUUGGAAAAUUUGUAAUUGCAAAAUUUCUGUUCGGUUGUUCCUCGGUUUGGAAUAUACAUAUGUCUAUUAUAAAUACGAGUUUUUCUAAAGAAAGUCGGAAAUUUUAAAGAAAGUGUAAUAAUCCAUCGUCAGCUAAUAAAAAAUGUCAAAUCUAGGCAAAAGAUUGGAAACCUUGCCAGAUAGUGGCGACCUGGAUGAGUUAAUCGAAGACACGAGUUUAUUAAUAGCAUCUGUAUACAAUAUGUUGGAUCAGACUCAAUGCACACCACAACGGACGGCACCAUCACUAGGGCGUAGGUCUCAUAACAAUAGCAGUAGCAGUGGACAGCAUGAUGGGACAAGUUCUAAUUCUAGCUCCCCGAAAUCGCCUAAAACACCGCGUUUAAAUUUAUCCGGUAGACCAAUAUUGUCCACACCAUCAAGUAGAGAAAUCGACCGGGAAGUCAAUCGAAUAGAUCGAUUUUGUGAGAUGUUGGAGCACAAUUUACGCACUGUGGCUUCGGAGCAAGAACAACACGUUAGUAGACGUUUGGAAUUAAUGUCAUCAACUACUCCACGCAAUGUAAUUGAGAGACCUCAACCGGUACGAAGAAAUCGAAUACGCGCCUCAACACCUGAGGAAGUAAUCGAUUUAAGUGAUUCAAUGAAUAUGCCACAACCAACCAGACUUAUAUAUCCAUUAGAUGUAAACGACGAUGUUAUAAUAGUGACACCAAGUGUUGAAGAAGUAGUUGAUCUUUGCACUCCAAAUUUCCGUCGAAAUAAUGAACGCUCAAGAAACAGUAAUUCAUACAGAAGAACCAUCAAUAACAUUGAAAAUAAUUCCAGAAACGGUAAUGCAACACGACAACGUUUGACCGCAUCACGCCGCCUGGGUUCUGCAAGCGGUCAUAGAGUCUCAUCACGUCGUUCACUUUCUUCAACAUCUUCAGCAGCACGUAUACAAAACGAAGGCAGUUCCACUGGUAGUUCGUCUGGUAGUUCCAUUUCAACAACAACAUCAACAACAAACAUAGAAAUGUCAAACAAAGACAAAAUUAAUGCCUGGUCGCCUGGUGCGCAAGCGGAAAAUUCCGAGACUGGUGUGGGAAGCGAAAAUGGGCGUGUGCCUUUUAUGUGUGCUGUAUGCAUGGACAGUUGUGUCAAUAAUCAACCCACAUCAACUAAGUGUGGUCAUGUUUUCUGUGCCAAAUGCAUACGUGAAGCUUUACGUUUGACACGCAAGUGUCCCAUGUGUAACACCAAGAUCACUCCAAGCAUGCUAUUCCGUAUAUAUAUUUAAAUCAUAAUCAAAGCCAGUUGCUUCGGCACUUUAACCAGCUAUAAUGGGCUUAAACUCCUCACAAAUUAUUAUUAAAUUAUUAAAACAAAAAACAUUAUAUCAUAAUCAUUCAAAUAAUAAUUUUUUUUUUUAUCAUUUAUUUGCUCAGAAUUUAAGUUUGUUAUGUGUCAUGCAACGAUAAUAGUAAAAUUUAAGUUAGGACAUAUGUUAUUAUUUCAAAACUUUUAUAUAUUUUAUUCAAACUUACGUACAAACAUAUUUAUAGAUUUUAAAAAAAUUCUGUGUUUUAUCUAAAAAAGUAAGAUGCGAUUUUUUGUUUGCUAUUUUCAUAUCGAAAAAAAUUACAUCAAUGCCAUGAUUAGCCAUGACGUAGUGGAAAACUUAUUUGCAGCUACUUUUUUGUACUUAUCAGAGGUGUUGUUUUGAGCACUUUUUUGCUUUGAAACAACUUAUUGAAUAAAUUGCACAUAUCUGUAGGGAACUCAUAAA